AUGUCAGGGACUUUCGAAAGCAAACUAGCACUCACCUCCUUCGCUACAGAUCUGGGCAUCGACGAACAUACGCUUAUGAAGGCCCUCGAAGAAGCUUUCGACAAGGCGCCGAUUGUGAAGAAUGACAGUUUAGCGUUUAUUUUUUCGCUUGCUCGCUUGGAUCACCAAAUCAACAAGCAAGUGUUGGAUCGUGCACUAUAUGGCUUGCGGCACAGCUUUGGUAGUGCGCUUAGGGACGCUUCUGUUGUGCACUGCCAUCAUCGUCCAGCACUACCGAAAUUAAGCACUUAUGGGACACGACCUCAGAACAGGUUAUCACUCGACCACAUCACACCAGCUCAAAGCCCAUCCUCUGGUUAUCAUACCUUGCCGUCGACUCCAUACGUGUCCUCACUCAACAACGAGAAAUGUAAUGCUACUCUUGAUCCUCGACUGAUGCUUUCGGCCGACGACAUGGGGCAUCCCACAUAUGUGAUCGGGGCGCCGGAUCAUAACAAUUCAUAA